AUGCAGUUCUCUCAAUGGGAUGCAGACAAAUAUCAGGAACUAAGUAAAUUUCUGUUGAAUAACUACCGUCAAGCACUUGACACCAUCAAUGAGUACAGCCCCAUCGUCACCAAGAUGACACAGUCCCUUGGCAUCAACAAAGGCACCAUUGAGUCAUGGAUUGCAGAGGAGUACCAAUUUCUUCUAAACCUGAAAGAGGAGCCCGAAGAGAAAAUACUUGCUUGUUCAUAUGUACAGGCGCUGAAGGACCAUAACAUUGCCGAUCGCAAAUGGAACCAGGUGUCGGAAAUGUUCAGAAACACGCCAAUCACCCACAAUAUCAACUAUUCCCAGGUGGCAAAGCAGACUGCACGAAUUGAAACUGCUCGAUGA